AGCCACGCCCCCGGCCAGGCCCAGCUCCCGGCUGGAUUGCAUCUCUGCGGUGUCAGAUUCUGAGCCGUUCUCGCUCGCAGCAGUCAGUGAGGGACAAAGGAGCCACCAGAGCCGCCCAGCCAUGUCGUCUUCCUCAUCCUCCGAGCACUACGAGGACGGGGAGUACGAGAGUCAGCCCAAGAAGCUGAAGACCGGCCAGGAGGACGGGGAGAUAGACUACACAUCGGAAGAGCAUGAGGGGGAAUCGGUUACUACACCCAGCAGCGCCCGGAGCUCAGCCAUCCAUGGGGAUGGAGGUGGGAACCAUCACAAAGUGUCGGUCUCUCCAGUGGUCCAUGUGCGAGGACUGUGCGAAUCUGUUGUGGAGGCUGACUUGAUGGACGCACUUGCAACGUUUGGAACGAUAUGCUACGUGAUGAUGAUGCCCUUUAAGCGACAAGCACUGGUGGAGUUUGAAGACACUGAAUUUUCUAAAAAGUGUGUGACGUUUGCUAACAGCGAGCCAGUAUACAUAGCAGGGCAGCAGGCCUUCUUCAAUUACUCCACAAGCAAACGCAUCACCCGGCCAGCAAACACGGAAGACCCUUCUGGUGGGAACAAAGUCCUUCUCUUAUCCAUUCAGAAUCCCCUCUAUCCAAUCACAGUGGAUGUCUUGUAUUCGGUCUGCAACCCAGUAGGAAAAGUGGAGCGCAUCGUUAUUUUUAAGAGAAAUGGAAUCCAAGCCAUGGUUGAAUUUGAGACUGUGCAUUGUGCCCAGAAGGCCAAAGCUGCGCUGAACGGAGCAGACAUUUACGCUGGAUGCUGCACGCUAAAAAUAGAAUAUGCCAGACCCACGCGUCUCAAUGUUAUCCGGAAUGACAAUGAUAGCUGGGAUUACAGCAAACCCUACUUGAACAGGCGAGAGCAUGGCAAGGGGCGUCAAAGGCAAGCCAUUCUUGGAGAUCACCCAUCAUCCUACCGUUAUGAUGGAUAUGGAAACCAUGGUCCAUUGCUACCGUUACCUAACCGCUACAGGAUGGGGUCUAGAGACACUCCAGAGCUGGUUUCUUACCCUCUGCCCCAGACCUCUUCAUUCAUCCAUGGUGGGCCUCCUGUUGGAUCAGUGGCCAUGGUCAGUGGCCUGCAUCAAGAAAAGAUGAACUGCUCUCGGGUUUUCAACUUGUUCUGCUUAUACGGUAACAUUGAAAAGGUAAAGUUUAUGAAGACUAUUCCUGGCACUGCACUUGUGGAGAUGGGUGAUGAGUAUGCUGUGGAAAGGGCAGUCACUCAUCUAAAUAAUGUGAAGAUAUUUGGAAAAAGAUUAAAUGUUUGUGUGUCAAAGCAGCACUCUGUUGUCCCAAGCCAGAUCUUUGAGCUUGAAGAUGGCACAAGCAGUUACAAGGAUUUUGCAAUGAGCAAGAAUAACCGAUUUACCAGCGCCGGGCAGGCCUCUAAGAACAUAAUCCAGCCGCCAUCCUGCGUUCUGCAUUACUAUAAUGUCCCCUUAUGCAUAGAAGAAAGCAUCUUCCAAAAGCUCUGCGAAGACCACGAGGUCCCUAAGUUCAUCAAGUACAAAGUGUUUGAUGCAAAACCAUCCUCUAAGACAUUGUCUGGCCUGCUGGAAUGGGAAACCAAGACUGAAGCAGUGGAAGCCCUCACAGUAUUAAAUCACUACCAAAUAAGAGUACCUAAUGGCUCAAAUCCGUAUACCCUGAAGCUGUGUUUCUCCACCUCCUCCCAUCUUUAAACCUUUUAAACAAGAAGAUUGUGUGAACACCUAUUCCAUUUUUUUGUUCUCUGCAUGAUUACAAUGCCUUGUAAUGGUUACACAGUGGGGUGUUUAAAGCUGCAACGUGUAUUUGUAAUAUUUCUUGUAUAAUUAUGAGGCUGGUAAUGUUUAGAGAGUACAGCGUGAGGCUCUAGCUGUUGCCCAAUGACCGCGUAAUAUUUCCUGUUUUGAGGUUUUACCUUCCUUGUGUUGUCAGCACACACCAGAUAUUUCAUAUUGUAUCCCCAGAAUUACAAAUGUACUAGUUUUAUACUAGUGAUUUUAUCUUACUGUUUAGACAUUUUAUGCAAAACACAUAUUUUGGAUAUUCCUACAAUUUCAAUUUUAAAAGUCAACAAAAUACAGAGAAACAUGACAUGGGAAUUAUUUUUUAUCAGGACAGACAGAAUUAUUGUAUUACUAGUAAUUAGCACAGAGAAUGCUGUAAGGCCCCUUAUCCAUUAGUGUUACAUGAAGGCUAAAAAAAUUUCGGGUAAAAGCACAUGGUGAAUGUCCAAUGUUUUUAACAGGAAAAACUAUCAAACAUUGACUUUUCACGUAAUUGGCGUACAAAGGCAUUAUUACUGUAAAAUACAGAUUUUUUUUAUUUUUUUAACGUUUUGUAUGUUGCUAUGACACAGAAGUUGUAGAUACUGCAUACAUAUGGAAUUGUUUUUUCAUGUCACGCCAAUGCUCUAUUAUGAUAAAUGGACACUUAGCGACACUGUAUACUAUUCACUUUAGUGUAGUGCAAACCAUAUAGUAGAUCUUUUAUUGAGGUGAAAAAUGAAUUUAUAUUACAAGCCUAUAGCAGCAUAGUGUGAGUAACAUUAAACUCCUGGUGUAGCCACGGGGAUGAGGAGUUAUGAUCAUGCCCACAAAAAUAAGAAUUUACUCACCGGUAAUUCUAUUUCUCGUAGUCCGUAGUGGAUGCUGGGGACUCCGUAAGGACCAUGGGGAAUAGCGGCUCCGCAGGAGACUGGGCACAACUA